GGUGCCUGCGCGCCGCUCGUCUCUCUCCUCUCUCUCGCUAUCAACACUCUGCUAGGUUACUGCAUACUACAAUGAUUGCUACUCAGAUGCCUACUGCUGCCCCCACUGGGCCUUCAACGACCAAGACGAGCGCUACGACUGGUGCUUCUUUGACCGGCGAGCUUGGGCCCCUGCCGCUGGAGACGAUCGACCUCUCUGCAUACGACCCCGAGCAGUCCAAGCUCAUGGACGAGCGUUGUAUCGUCGUCACUCCCGCUGACGUACCCAUUGGCGCGCUGGACAAGAAGACUUGCCAUCUCAUGUCGAACAUCCGGCAAGGUCUGCUUCACCGAGCAUUCAGCGUGUUCCUCUUCCGCCCGACGGAUGGCGCGCUGCUGCUCCAGAAACGUGCGAGCGAGAAGAUCACGUUCCCUGAUAUGUGGACGAACACGUGCUGCUCGCACCCGCUGGACGACUUCGAGGAGGAGAAGGAAAUGCGGGAUGCGAUGGGUGUUAAGCGAGCCGCGACGAGGAAGCUCGAGCAUGAGCUCGGGAUCCCCCAAAGCCAGACGCCUGUUGAAGGGUUUCAGUAUCUCACCAGAAUCCACUACCUCGCGCCCAGUGAUGGUAUCUGGGGUGAGCAUGAGAUCGACUAUAUCCUGUUUAUGUCCGCCCGCGUGGAUGUUAACCCGAACCUGAAUGAAAUCAGCGAAUACAAAUAUGUCUCGCCCCAAGAAUUGAAAGACAUGAUGGAUGUACCUGGAUCUAAAUUCACACCCUGGUUCCGGCUCAUCGUACGCGAGUUCCUCUUCCCCUGGUGGGACGCGCUCCUGCAGCGUUCCAACCUGGCGAGUGGAGGCAAGAUAGACGUGACGAGCAUGAAGGACCUUGCGCGGGAGGGGGAGGUCGUGAAAGUCGAAUGAGGUGUCCUAUCCACAUUUGUAUACAAGCAGACUGGCUCAACAGUGGAUGUGUGCACCGCUGGACGAGCGUGAUUGUGUGGUCGGCAUCCAUUGUCAUAGAACGAAUGUCCAUUCAAUA